UUUGGAUCUCACCUCACAACCACAUGCUCCUCCGGCUGCCUACGGAGAGGCCACUGGAAUGUGGCCUAACGAUGAAACCACAUGGCGCGCGACAACGGACCCCAUCCAUUGUCCGUGGCUGAGCACUUCUGUCCCAAUUACCGACUCGUGGGUUCCGACUGUUUCUUGGGGGAUGUUUCAAGAGCUUGUCGCCCAGCUAUAUCUAUGGCUACGCCGACCUGUUCCACAUGCUCGCUCACCAGCUCAGUGCUUCCUUCUCCUUCUCUUAUAAGCUUUGCAAGAGUCAAAGUCAUUCGUUAUCUUUGCUCUUCUUGAUUGCUUUCAUCAUUCUGUUCAUACUAUCGUUAAGCUGCGCUUCGACAUUCGUUACUAUUUACCAUUCAUUGAUCGCGCAUCUACUGCAACAUGAAGACUUCUCUCGCUCUUCUUAUUUCUGGGCUGGCUGCCCAACAGGUUGCCGCAACCUGGGAUAUUAAGGCCAAUCACUUCAAGACGCCACAGUACAACAACAAUGAAUGUAGCGACAAGCAGAAAGAGGGUUUCAAUUGGGGUGACCUCCCUACCGGUGGCUUCUCGGGCUAUGGUGAUUUCAACUUUGGAGGAGGCUGGACUUGUGCAAACAGCUUCGGCAAGAGAGAUUCUCUCACCAAAAGAACAUUUGGGUCUAAAUGCGUCAAAAACUCUUGCACCAAGGAGAAGCCAGCUGCCUUCGACUGCAGCAAGAGGAAGGAUGGAUUCUCCAUCACUGAGAUGCAAGUCUCUGUCGAGUUCGACUGCGAUCUCGAGUGGCAUUACAAAAUGCCUGACGGUGGUGUCUGCAAACAUGUCACUCCUUGCAAGAAGGAGGGCACAACAGUAAAGAAUACCCAGUGUGGAGGUGCUCAGUCAGUUGAAGUUUACCUUGGCAAUCAUAACGAGCAGAAGGGAGAAUGCGAGAUUGGACUUCAUCACAUUGGUUUCGACUGCAACCCGGGAUAUGGCGGCAAGUCGUCCACCAUUAUCAUCUCAACUCCUACACCCACUCCAUCGCAACCUACUGAGGAAAGCUCGUCCGUCCCGAUUGGCCAAAGUUCUUCAGUCCCGAUUGUUGAGAGCUCCUCAGUCCCUAUUCCCGAAAGCUCAACUCAACCACCUGAGAGCACAAUUCCAUAUACCUCACUUCCGACCCCAGAAAGCUCAGCGCCCGUUCCUGAAAGCUCUGCUCCUUAUAUCAACAGCUCUAUUCCUAUCCCCGAGUCGACGACUCCCCCAGCUCCUGAAUCAACCCUGGUCUACUCAACUGCUGUCGAGUCAACUGGUGUCUACUCUUCGCCAGUUGAGAUUCCUUCAUCAAGUGCCUUACCGCAAGAAAGCUCGUCAUCGACCGUAGAGCUCACCACCAGCAUCAUUUAUAGCACAGUCACCAGUACCAUUACGAGCUGUGCUGAUACUGUCACCAACUGCCCUGCAAACCAAGCCUCAACUGUUUACGUAACUUCAGUCAUCGCCGUUGGCACCACCGUCUGUCCCGUGACUCCAACUGGCCCCCCAACCCCGCCAGAAUCUACUACCAGUUCUCCUCAGCCAACUGGUCCUUCCACUCCUUACAACCCUCCAUCGGUUCUUCCACAGUGCAUGAACACCUGGCUGGAGAUCAACUCGGAGUGCAAGGACAACACAGACGUGAACUGCUACUGCAAGAAUGCCGACUUUACAUCUAACGUAAUCGAGUGCGUGAAGGCUUGGUCGACUGAUGCUGAGAUCCAACAAGCUCUUUCUUACCUUGUCGGUAUUUGCGCGUCAUAUGUGCCCCAGAACCCAGGUCUCAUCACCAACUGCCCAUCCACUGUUCCUCUUGGCCCAACCAACCCCUCCACUCCUGAGUAUUCGCAGGUAGUUCCAUCUGGUUCUGCUCCACCAAUGACCACUGCGGCGCCUACGGGUGUCCAACCAGCUGGCCCAGUCACCACAAUCAUUUACCAGACGACCGUGACAGUCCCAUGUUCCUCUGCUGGUAGUGAAAUCUCCGGUUCAAGCACUGUCUCUACCAUCUCCACCGCUGUCACCGUUCCCCAGGUAGUCUUCACAACCAACAGCCCAGGCCAACCCGGUGUUACUCAAUCCGCGCCCGUGAACCUCGUUCCCGGCACUCCAGCUCCGAUCCCCGCCGUCACCACCGGUGCUUACCCUCUCCAAAGCAGCCUCGGCACUGUGAUCGUCCCAGGUGGCAAUGCGACUGCAACCACCACCGAGCCCGCUAAGUUCACUGGCGCUGCCUCGUCAGUCAGCAUCAAAUACACGUCUGGCCUCUUGGCCGUCGUGCUCGCUCUCUUCGCUUUGUAAAUCUCUCCCACUGUAAUGUGUAUCUACGAUAUACUCUCCCGUUCGCAGCUCUUUCUCUUUCUGUGUGUGGGUAGUAAAUAUCAGUCCUUGUCUUUAGCGAUGGAUGGUCUGGAGUGCGACAAAGGCAAAAUUUCCUUAUUAAUUUUUAUUUCAAAGGCAUUUUCAGGCGCUGGAAAUGAACGGCUUCAAUGAGAGUGCAACUCUCAUUGAUCGCGCAUGUGGUAAUGGACCGAUGGACAGAUGAUGCGCAUAACACAUGUAUCUCCUCUGAAUAGUUGUAGAAAGAAAUCAAUGCUUUCUUGC